AUGCCAUCCCCUGAAAUGACAGGUGGCCCAUUGCAAUUCGAGCAAUCUCCGAGAGACCCUCAAUCGGGUUCUCAGCACGGCUCCGGCGCGUCGGACACAGGGGAACUAGGUGACAGCAUUGACUUUGGAGCCCAGUCAAACGGUCAAACACCAGACACAAUCGCCGAAGGAAAACAAAGCGCAAAAGCCAUGCUAGCUGCUUCAGGGGUCUCGGCAUCGGAGGGUAGCGAGGGCUCCAACGGUACCGCUCGUUCGAAUGGAAACAGCUCCACAAGAAACCAAUCGCGCGACGGAUCCGCUGCACGCUCGACAGAGGUCUCUGGUGCCAUGCCCGUUCGUGCUCGCGAGACACCACUUGAUAAGAUCCUUCUUGAGCAAUAUGUCGAUCGCGAAUUCCAGCACGCUGCAGCUGGUGCCUGGCAAAAUCCCGGCCUUGAUCUACAAAAGAACAAGCGGGCAGAGCGCGACUAUUAUUUAGCAGUACGACGUGAAAACCAGAUGAACCCGGCUGCCCUAUAUGGAGUGGGCUACGAGGGAUUUGGAAACCCACGCACCGAUCUUCGCAACCAACAUCCUCAACUUAUGUACCCCGUCCACCGACGCCGACCAGGAAACCGGAAGACGCGAGAACUCCGAGUCUCACGACGCGAUGCAAAGAUUCAAAGCGAGCAGACGGAGGAUCUCGUACCUAUUCGGUUGGAUAUCGACUGGGACAAGGUCAAGAUCCGCGAUACCUUCACCUGGAACCUCCACGACCGAAUUGUAUCCCCGGACUUGUUUGCUGAGAAGCUAGUGGAGGACUUGGGUCUUCCAUUGGAGUCCUCUGUCCCUCUAGCGCGAAUGAUUUCCCAGAGCAUACAGGAGCAGGUGAUGGAUUAUUACCCGCAUCUUUCCAUUCAUGAAGAUCCCCUCGAUGAUCAGCUCCCCUACAGCGCAUACAAAAAUGAUGAGAUGCGCAUCCUGGUGAAGCUGAACAUCACCAUCGGUCAACAUACACUCAUUGAUCAAUUUGAAUGGGAUAUCAAUGACCCCAAUAACUCACCCGAAGAGUUUGCCAUGCGCAUGACGGAUGACCUGUCUCUCUCGGGGGAGUUCACUACCGCCAUUGCACACUCAAUCCGCGAGCAGUCUCAGCUCUUCACCAAAUCCUUGUAUAUUGUUGCUCACCCCUUCGAUGGUCGCCCUAUCGAGGACCCAGACCUGCACACCUCUUUCCUUCCUACUCCCGUAUCUUCGGCCUUCCGACCAUACCAAUCCGCCAAAGAGCAUACGCCUUAUCUUUACGAGCUGAAUGAGGCAGACCUCGAACGCACCGAAAUCUCUAUAUCUCGAGAGCAGCGCCGUCAAAAGCGAUCCAUUAACCGACGCGGCGGCCCGGCUUUGCCAGAUCUCAAGGACCGGCAACGCACGAUUCGCACAAUGAUUGUUUCAUCUGUGAUUCCCAAUUCAGUCGGUUCCUUCGAAGAAAGCAACGUGGUCAAGCGAACUGGCUCUGGCCGCCGCCGUGGAAUGACUGGACACCGGGAUGAUGACUCUGAUGAAUUUGAUAGCGACGAUUCUUCUGUUGGGUCUCCGGCAAUUGGUCCCAACCUCGCACAAGGGACCGCUCGCACGAGAGGCAUGCGUGGUGCGGCAAGUGCAGCUCAUGCGGCCCUUCGGCAAACCCUGGGCCAAUCCGCGACCCCUGAACCAAUGGCAUACGAACCUCGCGUCUCAUCUCGACGCCAGCAAUACCGAGAGGAAAGUGUAGAGGAGCCGCCCGAAAAGUUGGUGGUCAGACUGAGGAUGCCACGAGAUAAGCUUGUCGAUUUGAGAAACGGAAAGCGAAUCUAUCCCUUCCAAUCUGGUUCCCAGCGAGCGAUGGCACCUCCAAUCGAUAGAUCCCGACUUCAUGUUCAACCGCGACCGCAACAAACCGGAGCUGUUGAUGCCCCGAACCCCCCGCAACCUGGUGUCUCUGGCCCCCCGCCACCCCCCUGGCUCGCAGUUGGUCUUCAAAAACUCAAACAAUCCCAUCCCAAUGACUCAUUUGAAGGAGUGAUGCGAUACUCCGCCGUCGACACCGAAACCCUCGCCCCAGUGGCCAACCCUAACAGUCUCUCGGACGGCCAGAAAGUCAAAUAUCAAUACCUUCCCCGAAUCCGCUGCCACGAUUGUCCAGGAAAACUCUACACCCCAGGUCCUGGCAUGACAGUGGACAAUUUCGAAGUCCACCUCCGCAACAGGCAGCACAAGGAGCGCGUCGAAGAGCGCAUCAAGAGCGUCGGCGGUGAUGUCAGCCCUGCCCCCGGAGCCAGAACCUCCACAAGCGCAAGUCCCGCUCCAGGAGCCUAUGGAAUGCAUGGUGCUUCUCCCUCUCCAGCUGGGCCUCAGCCAUAG